UGAGCCCCUCCAUCCCGCCUGACAGCCCCUCCAGCCCGUGUCUCCUUCACGGACGCCUUUCCCACGCUCGUAAAAACCAGACUCCACUUCAUCCCCGCAUCCGCCAAAGUGAACCGAAACCAGCCCAAACCGAGGAGGUGGACUUUUUUUUCUCUCUCUCUCUUUCUUUCUUUCCCUCCCCCUUCUUGCACUUGCGUCUGUCCCGUCUCCUCCCGGCGUGUCAUCCCCACAAGAGCUGCGUUUUUAUUUUUUUUUCUGCGAGAUUUGAGAGGAAAAUUAUCUCCCCGCAGACUCCCGCAGCUCUCUCCCCGUCUGUAGCUGACUCAUUUCGCAGCGCCCGGGAACAUGGCGGAGUACAGCUCUCUGCUCAGCGACCUGUCUGAAAACAUCACCAACGAAGACCUGGAGCAGCUCAAAUCCGCCUGCAAGGAAGACAUCCCCGAGGACCAGAGCAACAACAUCACCUCCUCCAAGGAGUGGUUCAGCUACCUGGAGAAGAACGACAAGCUGGCCCAGGAUAACCUGUCGUACAUCGAGCACAUCUUCGAGAUCUCGCGACGGCCGGACCUCCUGACGAGGGUGAUCGAGUACCGCACCACCGUGCUGAAGAUCUCCGAGGAUGACGAGAUCGACACCAAGCUCACGCGCAUUCCCUCGGCCAAGAAAUACAAAGACAUCAUCCGCCAGCCAUCCGAAGACGAGAUCAUCAAGUUGGCCCCGCCCCCUAAAAAAGUGUGAGGUCUCCAUCUGUCGACCGGCUCUUUGCACCUUGGUUCCUUCACUCCCGGCACUCCAACCGACCGACCAACGAGUUCUGACCGACUCCAUCGCGCCCCCCUCGCCCGGCCCUCACCUCCGCCCCACACAC